AUGCUACUACUGCAACUAGCCUUUUCAUGCAAGGGUAUCGUACCGACUUCGAGAAAUACUGGGGAAUCAACAGCUACGACCCAGACGGGCGUGACAAAUGCCACGACUCCUCCUUCCUGUACAAGUUGUACCAUGGACGGAGGUAGCUUUUGGAGCACUACAAUAACGACUUGUGAGGCGGUAAAGCAGGUUGUCGCGGAAGCCGAAUGCGCCAGUGUCUUGGGUCGGCGGAUUACUUGGAUGCAAGCGCAAGGCGAUUGCUACCAACUCGAGCCUAUUUGUCCAGAUGGAAGUUCCGUACUGGUCCAGGCGGCUAGCGGCCCUAUUGUGUUGCCGAUGGAUGGUUAUGACGCCGGCGACUAUGAAUUUGUCUGCGACGAGGGCACGUAUAUGUUCCGCUACACGGCUGCGGGCAUUUAUUCGCCACUUCAAUCGAUUAUGUGUUUCGAAACUGAA